ACAGAGGUCUUUCCCAUUUCAUCAAUGGCUUCUUGUUCCUCUUCUUCAUCAUCAUCUUCACCAUUUUCACUCAAACUAAAUUUUCCCAGCACAACAACUAGAAAAAUACACUCUCCGAACUUCAAAUUGUUUUCUAGUAAUCAAAUAAUUCAGCUUCAAAUCCAACACAAGAAAAAAGCCCAAAGGAAACCAAGGCCUAGUUUUUCUGACCAAGUUCUUGAAAAAUGGUCAAAGAAACCAACAAUAUUACAAGACAAAUUUCCAUGGCAAAGACAAGAUAUACAAACACAGCAACAAAAAGAACCAAAAAAUCGAAUCAAAUUGCAAGAAGGAAAUGGGAUUUUAAAUGAGUCCAGAAUCGGUAGUGACUCGUUUGAGGAUGAAUCAGUGAGUUUUGAUUAUGUAAAAAAGGUAAAGAUUGCUCCUUGGGUUCAAAAAACUAAACCCCAGAUAAAAAGUUUUGAUUUUGAUGAUAGAAAUUGGCAAAAAGAUAGUGAUGGGGUUAGUGAGUUGAGUAUCAGUAGUGACUCGUUGGGGGAUGACUCAGUGAGUUUUGAUGCUACUAAAAGUGUAAAGUUUGCUCCUUGGGUUAGGAAAACUGAACCCCAGAUAAAAAGUUUUGAUUUUGAUGAUGGGAAUUUGCAAAAAUAUAGUGAUUCGAGUAUCGGUAGUAACUCGUCUGUGAGUGAUGGGGUCUAUGUAAAGAAAAGAAAUAACGAAAGGGAUUUUGUUAUAGAUGAUGAAAAUGAUGGUGCAGAAGGCGAAAUGCGUGAGAGGGUCCCAUGGGAAAGAGAGAAAGAUUUGUUUCAAAGAAGUAGUAAUACGCCUUUGGCUGAAAAAAUGAUACCGGAAUUCGAGUUGAAGAGAUUGAGGAACAAAGCAGCGAGAAUGGUGGAAAGAUUUAGAGUUGGUGCAGCUGGAGUGACACAGGAAUUGGUGGAUGCAAUUCAUGGAAAAUGGGAAAAGGAUGAGGUUGUUAAGUUGAAAUUUAAAGGACCUUCUACCUUGAACAUGAAAAGAAUCCAUGAAAGUUUAGAGAGUAGAACGGGUGGUAUAGUGAUAUGGAGAUCAGGCAGUUCAGCUGUAUUAUUUAGAGGAAUGGCUUACAAACUUCCAUGUGUGCAAUCAUUCACAGAGAAUAAAUCAGUUCAUACAGAAAAUGAAUCAUCUACGAAUUAUGCCGGCCGUUAUGUAAAGGAUCUUACUGAAGAAGAAUUAUUAGAUUUAAAAGAGCUUAACCUUGUUUUAGAUGGACUGGGUCCUCGAUUUAAGGAUUGGUCCGGCCGUGAGCCAUUACCUGUUGAUGCAGAUUUGCUUCCUUCUACAGUUCAAGGGUACAAAAGACCUUUUAGACUUCUUCCGUAUGGGACAAAACCUGGCUUACUAGAUAAAGAGAUGACCUUUUUCCGUAGGACUGCAAGAACAAUGCCUCCACAUUUUGCACUUGGAAGAAAUAGAGAUCUGCAAGGUCUUGCGGUUGCUAUGACGAAGCUGUGGGAACGAAGUGCCAUCGCAAAGAUAGCCAUCAAGCGUGGCGUGCACAACACUUGUAAUGACAGAAUGGCAGAAGAGCUCAAGAGAUUGACAGGAGGGACCCUAGUCUCUAGGAACAAAGACUAUAUCGUUUUUUACAGGGGCAACGACUUUUUACCCUCUAAUGUCACAAGGACAUUGAAUGAAGCACAAGAUCUAAGUAUUAACCGCCAGGACGAUGAAGAUAAAGCACGAGAAAAGGCUUCAACCUUCAUUGAUUUGACUACUAAAAACACUAUUAAGGGUCCAUUAGUUGCUGGGACCCUUUCAGAAACCAUGGCGGCAACCUCAAGAUGGGGAAUUGAGCCUAGCAGUGAGGAAAUAGAGAAAAUGAGAAGGGAUUCAGCUGUUGCCCGACAUGCUUCUCUUGUCAAAAUUCUUGAAAAGAAGCUAGCUGUUGCAAAAGGAAAGAUAAAGAAGGCCGAGAAGGCCUUGGCAAAAGUUCAAGAGUACUUACGACCAUCACAACUUCCUACUGAUCUGGAAACCCUAACCGAUGAGGAGAGGUUCUCGCUUCGUAAGUUAGGGCUGAGUAUGAAGCCAUACUUGGAGCUAGGGAGGCGAGGUAUUUUCGAUGGUACAAUUGAAAAUAUGCACCUACACUGGAAGUACCGGGAGCUGGUCAAGAUAAUGGUGGAGCGAAAGAGCUUUGCACAUGUCAAACAUGUUGCCAUUUCUCUUGAGGCAGAAAGUGGUGGAGUUUUAGUGUCAGUAGACAAAACCACCAAAGGUUAUGCCAUUAUAGUCUAUCGUGGAAAGAAUUACGAGCGCCCAAAAGCAAUAAGGCCAAAGAAUCUAUUGACAAGAAGGAAAGCUUUAGCGCGUGCAAUUGAACUGCAAAGACGUGAGGCUUUAAGGCAUCAUAUGUCGGAGUUAUCAGAAAGAAUUGAGAUUCUGAAACAGGAACUUGAGGAUAUGAAGACUAUUGAUGAAAUUGAUGAAGAGACGUUGAGAUCAAGAAUGGGAGAUGAUACAGAUUCGGAAUCUGAUUCAGAUGAUCGUUAUGAAAUGGCAGAGGAUGAAGAAGCUUACCUUGAAACAUACCAAGAUGAUGAUCAAAAUGACGCAACUCCCCGAUGAAUCAAGGAAUUGUAAAGGUUAAGCUUAUUGAACCAUCAUCAAUUCAUCAUAUAAAUAAUGCGUAGAUACAGAUUUACUGCUUCAGGUGUAAAGAAAUGAGGGUGUAAAAGUUUUAAGUAAUCAUUCUUAUUUUAACUUGCACGGUGAUCUCUGUCGAUUACAAUCAUUAUUCAUUUUGUUUUACAUUGCUCAUCUUUAUGAUAGGGCGUUUCAUACGUUAAUAAAAAAAAAUCCAAGGAAAAGCUUUUUAUUAUAA